CGAAGUCCAACGAACCAACUUCACCAUAUCCAAGGGGCCAAUCCAGGCCGAGGGGAGCACCUACACUACAUCAAACACCUCAACUACAAGACUUCACACAAUGGCCAACCCCCAACCCCCAUUCACCGGUGCCGGCGCCGGCGCAAACAUCCUCACGCCCAACAGCAACGCCUCCAACCUCAAGCCCAUCACCAAAAUCAGACUCUUGCCCUCCAAGCCCAUGCUCACCCCGCCCACGACAACAGGCACAACCACCCCGCGUCCCGGCACCAAGCCAAAGGCAAUCAAGCUCAAGCUCAAGGCCUCGUCGUCCUCGUCGCCAGCCUCCGGCGCCAGUCGCCGCCGGAAACUCCACCGCCAGGAAAACGUCGCGGGUUCCCGUCAGUCUUCUGAGCCCGGUACUCCGCCUAUCAGCAACAGACACAGAGUCAACAGAGUCAACAGUCUCGGAGACGCCCACCCCAGAGUCACCAGCAACGGCACCAGUCAGAACUCCCUCGAGAUUCGCAACCCUACGCCACCGCCGCCCGCGUCGACCACUGGCUCAACCAGCAAGUCGCACUCCACGCGGCCCGCGUAUCCUCUCUCCGCCUUCUCUGCGGCGGCAGCGGCGGCGGCGGCGAACGCGAACGCUAACCCCAAGAAGAGGCCGAGGGUCCUCAUCUCGACGCGGAAUCUCGCGUGGAUGAGGGCGAGUAACGGCGUCUGGGUGAAGGUCCCGCUUGCGGGUUGGAAGGAGAAGCAGAUGAGGCCUGUUACCUAG